AUGGGUGCUACAUCGUCACAAAAACGAGAACAACAAGAUGUCGAUAUGGCAUCAGCAAGUCAAGACGGUUUAGAACUAGCUACUUUUGGUGCUGGAUGUUUUUGGGGAACAGAAAAAUUCUUUCGCAAGCAAUUCGGAAAAAAAUUGGCUUCGACAAUGGUUGGAUAUAUGGGUGGACCUACUAAAGCUAAUUAUCUAUAUGUAUGUACUGGAUUGACAAAUCAUGCUGAAGUAUUACAAAUAUCCUUUGAUCCAAGCAAAGUUGAAUACAGUGAUUUAGUUCAUUUCUUCUUCCGUAUGCAUGAUCCAACGACUUUAAAUAGACAAGGUAAUGAUCAAGGUACUCAAUAUCGUUCGGUCAUCUUCACUCAUAGCGAUGAACAACAAAAAAUUGCCGAGCAAGUGCGUGACAAUGUACAAGCCAGUGGUAAUGUUAACGGAGAAAUUGUCACGCAGAUUCAACCUGCUGAUGGAUUGCAAUUUUACAAGGGCGAAUCUAAACAUCAAAGAUAUUUAGAAAAAAAUCCACUUGGUUACUGUAAUCAUCGACUAUACUAUUAA